AAUAUACCAUUCAUCUCAAUCCUACACUUUGCAGCACUACAAACCAACCAUUAAAAUGUCUCUCAAGCUUCAAAUUGAGAAGGAAUUUGUCCAAACUUCAGACCGAGUCAAAUCUGUGGACAUACAUCCAACUAAACCAUGGAUUUUAACUAGCCUGCAUUCAGGAAGUGUGUGUGUAUGGAACUACCAGUCCCAGAAAAUAGAGAAAUCCUUCAAGGUCACUGAAUCACGAGUAAGGGCAGCAAAGUUCAUUGUGCGGGAAAACUGGAUUGUUGUUGGAUCUGAUGAUGCAUUUAUCCGUGUAUAUAAUUGGGAGACAAUGGAAGUUAUCCAAGAGUUUAAAGCACACGACGAUUACAUUAGGGGGUUGGCUGUGCAUCCUAGCCUUCCCAAUGUGCUGUCAUCAUCCGAUGACAAGCUUAUAAAGAUUUGGGACUGGGAGAAAGGCUGGGUUUGCACUCAGGUAUUUGAAGGCCAUGAUCACUAUGUGAUGCAAGUUGCGUUCAACCCGAAAGACUUCAACACUUUUGCAAGUGCAUCACUUGAUGGCACUAUAAAGAUAUGGAAUGUUGAUUCUCCAGAUCCAAAAUUUACACUGGAUGCACAUUCGAAGGGAAUUAAUUGCAUUGACUACUUCAUUUCUGGUGAUGAACUAUAUCUAAUAAGUGGUUCAGAUGAUUACACUGCUAAGGUAUGGAGCUAUCAGUCCAAAAGCUGUGUACAAACACUAGAAGGUCAUGCACACAAUGUUACUGCAGUUUGUGUCCACCCAGAGCUUCCAAUCAUAAUUACAUGUUCUGAGGAUGAAACUAUCCGCCUAUGGAACAAUGCAAGUUACAGGCUCGAGAACACAUUGAAUUAUGGUCUUCAAAGAGUUUGGACUGUUGGAUACAUAAAAAAUUCAAAGCAAGUUGUGUUUGGUUGCGAUAACGGGACCAUUAUGGUGAAAGUUACAAGCUCCAAAGGCUCUGAUGCUGCAAACUAGAAAAGGGAAGAGGAAGUCUCAAAAGCAUAAUGCCAUGCGGGCAUAAACAACAACUAUUAUCAAGGAGUGUUGGGAAUAAUAAACUGUUUUUUCAUAGUUUAGGACAAAGAAAUAACUUCCAUCUACUGCUAUUUAAGAAGCUAGCAAGCAUGUGACUAGAGUAAAAGGUCCUUAGGAGGACUAGUUUAUGUUUGGCUGUCAUGUUUUUCUGUUGAUGAUGUGUUUGUUAUAAUUUCCAGUAUGAAGCAGUUAUAAUAAGGGUCUUCAAAACUG